AUGCCUUCAACAAAGUCCAUCGCCGUCGUCGCGACCCUCGCAGCAGGCGUCACCGCAAACAACUGCAAGCCAACACCAAGACCCACCACCACCACCAUCACCGAAGCACCCACUACAACAUCAUCAUGCCCCGCCUACACGCUCAUCUCAGAACCAGCCGAAGAUAUAAACUGCAACGUACGCGGCGCACCCAAGGAGGGAGAUAGUCAGGUUUUGGAGAGUCUAUACCUUGAGGAUUGCGCGCAAAAGUGUAAAGAGCUUGAUCUUUUCAACUGUGAGCUUAUUAGCUUUGAAGAACCGGCUUCGCCGACGGAGCAGGGAAGUUGUCGAUUCGAGGAAAGAAUGCUUGACUAUCUCUGGCGUGAUACGAGUAAAGAGGAGAAGAGGUUGAUACGAAAACUCGGUUACUUCUCACUUGUCCUCGGGCCUGAAACUAACGGAACAAGACUUUCUGUUGCUUUAGCUUCUUUUUCAAUCAUCUUGGUAGCAGGCCUCAAAGAAGCCCUCGAGCUGAGUGGCAACCAGUACAAUGUCCUUCUCUCUAUGGCCUCAGCAGGCAUGCUGGUCGGUCAGAUACCCAGCAGUAUAAUCAUCCACAAGAUCCGCCCUCGAAUAUGGAUGUCUUCCAUGGUCGUCGUGUGGGCAGGCCUCACCAUGGCCAGCGCAGCCUGCAAGACAUAUGCUCAACUCUGUGCCGUUCGCUUCCUGAUGGGUCUCGCUGAAGCAAGUACUUAUGCGGGAUCUAUAUACAUUAUGGGCUCUUGGUACAAAUCCAACGAAAUCGCCAAACGCACCGCCAUGUUCACUGUGGCUGGCCAAGUCGGAAAAAUGUUCGCGGGAGCUAUGAUGGCUGCUAUCCAUGAGUCAAUGGAAGGUCAUGCCGGACUCGAGGGUUGGCAGUGGGUGUUUUUGAUAGACGGCAUCAUCACUUUGCCUGUUGCUAUCUUUGGCUUCUUCUUCUUUCCGGAUGUACCUGAGUACACAGAUGCCUCCUAUCUGAGUGAUAAGGAACGACAACUUGCGCUUGAUCGACUACCGCCUAAGAAGGAAGACGGCCAUGAUAUACAGGCGUGGCGUCUUGUAAAAAGGGUGAUGGGACAUCCGUUGCUUUAUGUCUGCUGCGUCUUUUCAGUUCUUGGGUCGGCGCUCCAGUCUUAUGUUGUACAGGGACUCAUGCUUCUCUAUCUCAAGUUUCGCAAGGACAUUGACGGCUUCACACAGUCCGAAGUCAACACCCUCCCGAUUCCUACCCACGCAGUCGGCAUUGUUGCUGAGCUUUCCGUCUCAUUCUUCAUGGAUCGGUACAACCGAAGAAUGUCACUUGGUUUCUUGCUCUGCUCGAUCCAAAUAAUCUGCAGCAUUGUGUUGCUAAUCCCUGGAAUGUCAGUUGCAGGAAAUCUCACAGCCUUGUACCUCUCAGCUUCAGCAUACGGCAUCAAUCCUCUGCUUUAUGGCUGGUCAAGCAACAUUUUGGCCCGGACAGCAGAUGAUGCCGCUCGAAGUGUGACUCUAGCCUCAAUGGCUGCAAGUGAUGGACUACUGUGGACAUUCUGGGGCAUAGUCAUGUUCCCUGCUGAUCAUGCACCUUACUGGCGGAAUGGGUACAUCGGUAUGCUAUGUGUUAGUGCUGCAAUGGUUGGCUGGCUAUUUGUUGUUCGUUGGCUUGAUCGUUACACCGCAGAAAAGUAUCCUGCUGGUGAGCAUACAAAUGCCUCGUCUUUGGUAGUGACGGAAGUAAACUAUUCCACAAUGGAUCAGAAUAAGGCAGUUUGA